UAAAGACAGAACGAUAUGUGUAGCACUAAUCCAGGUGCAAUGAUGUUGCCUUAUGGCCUCAAAGUACCUGUAUCAAAUCCCUACCUACCCGGCUCACAAAUGGCGCUAGAGCUUCAGCGAGCUCAACAAUUCUACGACUACAGUACUAGGAUGCAUUAUGGAAUUCGAGGCUAUCCCAGUGCCCUUGGAUUACCUUCUUAUCAGGCCCACCCUUCUGUCGAUCAGUAUCUUCAGCAUUAUUUAUACAAAGAUCCUAGAAUUAGGUACUUACAUGAAGAACCUAAGCCCAAUCAUAGUUACAUUGGGCUCAUUGCAAUGGCAAUUCUAAGCUCGCGAGACAAAAAAUUGGUGCUUUCUGAUAUUUAUCAGUGGAUUUUGGACAACUAUCCAUAUUUCCGUACCCGAGGUCCCGGAUGGCGAAAUAGCAUCCGUCAUAACCUCUCUCUGAAUGAUUGCUUCAUAAAGUCUGGACGGAGUGCCAAUGGAAAAGGACAUUACUGGGCUAUACAUCCCGCAAACGUGGACGACUUCCAAAAAGGCGAUUUUCGUCGCAGACGUGCGCAGCGCAGAGUUCGGCGACACAUGGGACUAGCUGUACCUGAUGAUGAUGAAAGCCCCGUGUCCUCUCCGUCAGAGACUAACUGGCCAGAUGAGGAUGCCGACCUACACAUAACAAACAAGUGUUUUACUGAAAAAAUUCCAAACGCAGAAGACGAAUGCUUGGACAUUACAAACGACACAGAAAAUUCUACGCCGUCUCUGGAAGAAAAUGGAAGCCCCGUCGACAGAAAAACGGAGCAGGAAACUUUGAAUGUAAAAGUGAUCGAAUCUGAGAGACUUUCUCCCAAGAAAAGGAGAAAUUUUGAUAUGGACAGUUUAUUGGCCCCAGAUGAAGAAAUAAAGCGACAGAAGAUGGCAGAUGAACAAGUAGCCUGUCUAAAUCAGAAAGGUAGAGUAGAUGAGGACGACACACCGUUAGAUGUCCUAACAGAAUCGAAGGACUCGCAGAAAUACCAAAAUACUGCAGAAAAGACUAAUGAAAAGGAAAAUGUGCUGGAUUUAUCCUCUCAUAAAGAGGAUUUGAAUGAACGAAAUUCUACACAAACAAAUCCAGAAAAGGGUGCUUCUUUACAUGAAAAUAACGGACUUCUCUUCAACUCGAGUUUACGUGGAUUUACUUCAUUUAAUCCACAGAGUAGCAGUGUUUUCCAGGGGUCUACAGAAUCACUGAAUUCCCUACAGCCGUAUUUUCCCGCUUUUCCGGUUAUGGGACUAAAAAAUGGACUCCAGCACUCUUUCUUUCUGUCGAAAACGAUUUCUCAAAUUCAACAAAAUCACAUGAGUACACAGUUUUCAUAUCGUCUGCCGUCGGACAAGGGCAGCCGACUUCCUGAUGUGGCUCUUAACAGACAAAUGACAAAUUGAACUGUAUUAUUGUGUGUGAAUUAGUAGGGAAAAGCACUAAUGUUACAUUACAGGUGUGCAUAAGGUAUUGUAAAUGUUAAUGUCAAAUUUCACACCCUGUUAUUAUUGUAAUGCAAAUCUGUUCCUUCUUGUUGCAACGUAAAGUGAAGGGAAAUUGCUAGCUAAAUUCUCAUACAUGUAAG